UUCGUGUUGUUUUUGUGUACGGUUUUACUUAGACGUUAAAAUUGGAAGGAGUCGAUAUAUCGGCUGCGUUUUAGAUAUAUUGCUUGUGUUUGCAUAUUUCUAACGACAGCUCUUGGAUAUUUAGAGAUUACAGCUCAUGUAAUUUGAGUUUUAUUUGAAUUUUCCCAAAUUAACUCUUGCUUAGAAGAGGUUCCUAUUCAUCGCAGAAGUACACGUUUGCCUUGUUUCAGGAUUCACUGGUACCAGUGACUGCAUGUUCCCUAAAGAGGACACUACUUCCUAACCAAGAUUUGAGAAGGGUGGACCAUGAAUCACUUGUGUCUUGAAGGAGGAAGACCACUUGAUGGCAUUACAUUCCCUCAAGCUUUUAAACCAGCAGCACCUAGACGGUGCACUUUAUGACCACAUUGUCAGACCUCCAGGUGUGCAUGUCCACAUAUGCACAAGCAGUAGCUCAAGAUUUUCUUGUUCUCCUCUUUGGACUACUUCGCACACAUUCCAGUCCCACAGAGAGAUACCAGCUUAUGUGUUGCAUUUAAGAAGAUGUGUAUUUAAUGCAUCUGUGCCACCAAGUGGAAUUGGCUAUCAGCACAUAAUUGUUAUAAGAAGGACCCUAUGUUUACUGCACCCGUUUCCCAGAGGAUGCACUGUAGUCUGUAAAUGUAUUCACUGAAAUCUUUCCAGGAUCUGUAACACUAGUGUGAAGCCAGCAUAACUGAUGCUUAGCAUCUGGAUGGUCCAAGGCAGCAAAAAGGAGCAUUUAUGGGUUAGUAGUAUCAACACUAGAAGAGUCCAUGAUCCCUACAUCACUACAGCAGAGAGGAGUCUAUGGUCAGGUCAGACGUUCCGCAUCUCAAACACUGGUUCACUUCUUCAGUCUUCUAUGAGGGGUAUUAGGAACGUGUGUGUUGACAGUACAACUGUUUGAGUAACUGUGGGACAGAUGUUUGAAGUCUUUAAUUUUCUUAAAUUAUUUUGAAGAAAAAGGAUCACUUAAAGGAAAGGUGUGGUGUCUGACAAACAGUUGUAAAACUUUGCCAUGGCAAACAUGAGACAAACAGUGCGGAAUGCCAUAAAUUAUGGAGGAGGGCAGCUGAAGAAAUGCUGUUCCUAUGAAACCUUGAAGAAAUGUCUACCUAUCCUGCAGUGGUUGCCUGAGUAUUCCUUCCAGUGGCUACAACUUGACUUUAUAGCAGGACUUACUGUGGGGCUAACAGUGGUCCCCCAGUCCUUGGCUUAUGCCGAUGUUGCUGGGCUGCCUGUCCAAUAUGGCCUGUAUUCUUCAUUCAUGGGUUGUUUCGUCUAUUGUUUACUGGGGACAUCCAAAGAUGUAACACUAGGUCCGACUGCAAUUAUGUCCCUACUUGUUUACUACUAUGCAUUUCAAGACCCUGUCUAUGCUGUCUUGCUGACUUUCCUUUCUGGCUGUAUCCAGCUAGCUAUGGGGAUUCUGCAGCUAGGUUUCCUGGUAGAUUUCAUCUCUUACCCUGUUAUUAAGGGAUUUACUUCAGCUGCUGCUCUGACGAUUGGCUUUGGACAGGUCAAGAAUAUUCUUGGACUGCAUGGAAUUCCACAGGAGUUUUUCCAGCAGAUAUACUACACCUUUAAAUACAUUUCUGAAACAAGUGUUGGAGAUGUCACCCUCGGUUUAGUUUGUAUCUUGCUGCUGCUGCUACUUAGUAUGAUGAAAAAACAUCCACCCAAAAGCCAACAGGAAGUACCUCUGUUUAUCAGACUUUGCAAUACUGUCGUUGCAUUUUCAGCAACAGCUCGGAAUGCCUUGAUUGUAGUCUCAGCUGGCCUUGUUGCGUAUUCAUUUGAAAUUACAGGAUUCCAACCUUUUGACUUAACUGGGAGAACAGCUGAGGGCCUUCCAUCUUUCCAGCUGCCAAAGUUUUCUGAGAUAGUGUCAAAUACAACUGUAACUUUCAGCGACAUUGUCGCAGAAAUUGGCCCAGGCUUGGCAGUGAUUCCACUGAUGGGACUGCUAGAGAGUAUCGCUAUAGCCAAGGCAUUUGGCAGUAAAAAUGACUACAGGAUUGACCCAAACCAGGAAUUACUAGCAAUUGGCCUAACAAAUUUUUUAGGAUCAUUUGUCUCUUCCUAUCCAGUGACAGGCAGUUUUGGAAGGACUGCAGUAAACUCACAGACAGGAGUCUGUACUCCAGCAGGAGGACUGGUUACCGGUAUCAUAGUGCUCUUGUCACUGGCCUUCCUGACACCUUUGUUCUUCUACAUACCCAAAGCAGCACUGGCUGCUGUCAUCAUCUGCGCUGUGGCACCCAUGUUCGAUCUCAAGAUUGCCCUGACGCUUUGGAAAGUAAAAAAAGUGGAUCUUUUACCUUUCUUUGCUACAUUCUUCCUGUGCCUGUGGGAAAUCCAGUAUGGAAUCCUUGUUGGGAUUGGUGUUUCUGGGAUCAUUCUUCUGUAUAAUGUUGCCAGGCCCAAAGCAAAGGUCUCUGUCUUCGAACAUGGAACUCUUGUUGUACAUUUGCAGAGUGGUUUGAAUUUUCCUGCAGUUGAACAUGUCAGUCACCUUAUAUAUGAAAACGCCUUAGGAGUAUCCUCUCCACGGAAUGUUGUUUUGGACUGCACACACGUGUGCUAUAUUGACUAUACAGUGCUGAAUGGCCUUCGAGAUCUCCUCUUCAAGUUUCAUAGGAAGGGUGUUUCCUUGGUCUUCUCAAAUGUACAGCGUGAAAUCCUGAAGGUCCUACUGACUGCCCAGUUAGAUGAAUUUCAGUACUGGGACAAUGUGGAUGAAGCAGUGCUGAACCUUGCAGGAAGAACAUGCAUAGAAGAAAUGGAUGGUGCCUUGAAAACUGCAUGUACCAUGAAUGACCAGAAUGCUGACACUCCCGGUACCGCAAACACCCACCUUCUUAUCUCAGAGCAUGGCAUUAAGUAACUUCAUGGACAUAAUAACAUCACUCAAAUAAACUGCAGCAAACAGCAAUAGUUUUUCUUAAGGAGGCUUCCCGCUUCUUUUUGGAACUACAGUGCUAUUACUUGAUUGCUCUCUGUGAACUGUGAUUUUUCUUCUACAACUGACAGCCUUGCUAUGAAAAAGACACUAUGCCAAAGGGUAGCCAAAUGAAAUGGUGCUGAAUAAAUAACAAGAAGAUGAAGUACUGUCCAGUAGCAAUAAAAACAAUAGGAUUCAAAAUGCAAAACACAUAAAGGAUUCAAGUGCAAUACUACAGCCAGUCUACUUUGACAGCGUUUUAGUUCUUUUUAAACCUACACUUUGAGUAACAGCUUGCAGCCAGAGCAGCAUUUUAAAAGAACUUUAAAACUAGUACUGGCUGGGUGCCAUGUAUGCAUAGCACUACAAAAUGUAAAAUGAAGGAAAUUAUCUGGCCACCUGUCAAGAAGUCAGUUCUUGGUAAUAAAGGGCUCUAUUGGGGCAAUAUUGUAUGUAGUACUGUAUGUCUUUAACAGCAACAGACUGUUGAGAACCUUAGUGACUCUCCAUGAAAAUUCAAAGAAUUUAUUAACUUUAGAUAAAACAUAGUGUCCUGAGUGUCAAAAAUGAUCGGUUUAGUUUUGUUUCGGUAGAUCACUCACGAUUAUAAAGGAAAUGGUCGAUGAUGUAUUUGUAAUAUUUAUUCUUUGACAUAGAGUAAAUUUUACAGGCUUCUUUUUCAGAAGGACUAAAAGUCUGGGCAUUACUUUCUUGCAUUAAUGUUGAUCUUGAAACUGAUACUUGGUACAGUAAUCAUUAUGGACAUGAGCAUAAGUGAAGCAGCAUUCAGAUUUCUUUGUCAUCUCUGUGUUUUUCACAUUAAUGCCAUUUUCUCGUGAUGAGUACAAAAUCAUUUUGUGAGUGGCAAACAGUUUAUAAAGGGUAUUAUUGACUGUGACUGGAUCUUUAUCAGUAAUACUAAGCCUGCACCAUUUGAAAGACCAAAUUGUUAAGGUUUCACUUGUGCUAUCCUAGGCAAUACAUUGAAAGAGCUUCAUGGCAGAAUGAUUUGUCAUGAAACAGUCCACUUAAAUCUUAUUUUUGAAACAUGUUUUAGUGCACUUACACAUGGUCACACUCUACACAGCAACUCUGAUUGACUCUGAAACAUAGCUUUUACACUGUGAUGUUCGUAUCUUACUACUCAUGCUUAGAUGCAGAAAAUGAUUGAUGUGAUCCUGCACUUCUUUUGUGCUGCAGUUCUUAUGUAUAAUAGUAUGUAGCCUGUGCUGGUGGUAUGGAGGGUUAAAGCUCUGACUAUGGCCCAUGCAGCCAGAGUUUGAAUAGCAGCUCAGGUACUUCAUAGCAUCUCCUCACCAUCCCUGAACAUGAGUUGGAGUUUUUCUAGAGUUGGCUAAGAUGGAAUUAAUAGAUCUGGAGUAUGGGGAGAGUCCCUGAGACUAUCUGAUGGUCUGCUGCAGAGCCAAGAAGACAUGGACUAAAGAUAUAUAUAUAUAUAUAUAUAUAUAUAUAUAUAUAUAUAUAUAAAAUAGUCUAUACUUUUAUUUGUAUAUCCUAUACAUAUUAGUAAAUGUUCACAGUUUGUACCUGAAUCCCAUAUGUGUACCUGUGCUUCACAUAGUAUUUGAAUAUUUGUUGAAGUGAAGCAGAGUGUCAUUGAUAACGUUUUUAUGCACUAGAGCAGCACAGAGGAAGGACACUAAGCCACAGCUUCACCUUAUGUUAUUUUGUACAGCAAACUUGGAGGAUAGGUAGUGUAGUAUUAGAAAAUAAAGGAGGAAACUGCAGCGCUUUGUUGAAUGUGUGUGUAAAUGAACAUCAUGUUUUGACUUUAGGGGAUAAAGCCCCGGCUUUUACAAUAACAAUGGCUUCAACCCUGAUCUCUGCAAUGAAGGUGGCUGUGUAUUGCUAGUAGAUGUCUUCAUAGCUAUUAAUAUGUACAAGGUAGCCUCAACAAAUCUUGCUAGUCUAGCUAUGAUCUACCUUGUGAUUCUUAUGAUUACUGCAUUUUGUCAGUUUGCUGGAAUAGAUAAAUAAAACCAGGUGACCAAAAUUCAGUUGACUCCUGAUGGAGCUAGUAUGGGGGUGGGGGGGUGCUGAGGUCAUGCCUACUCACAUUUCAUCAGUGGAAACAGGUGAUAUGCUGGUGAGAGCAGGAUGUUCUUUGUAGCUGUAAUGGAAACUGAAGCACAGAAUGGAGUUAAACUAGAUAUGUGGGCACAGCUUUAGAAGCAUCACUACCUUGAGGGGGAAGUGGAGGGGAAGAAAGGCGCUCUUAAAUUCACAUCAUGUAGUUGUCUAUAGUAUACAGCUAGUACAUAAUGAAUAGUGACUCCACCUGCUUGUACAUUAUGAACAGAGUUUUCCACAGUAUGGCAACUGCUAUCUGCCUAUUUCACUGUCACCAGCAUAAUGAUCAGUCAUUGCUGUCUCCCUGGAAGGCCAGGACCCCACCUAAUGAAGGACAAAGCCAAGAGUUGUCUCCAUGUAUGGGAUAUUGUAGAAUCCUUGCAGUUUCACAACUUCCCCCAGUAAGGGAAAGAACUGGGACUUGUACCAAGGUAGCAGUGGGCUAUAGAGGUAGGACAGAGUUGCAUGCUGGGAGGAGAAUGAGGCCAGCUGUCGCUCCACCCACUUAGUUAAACGUCAUUAAGUAGAAUAAUACUUAGGCUGAUUACUCUGCGGGUAGUCAGAGACAAAAACAAAUGCUAUUCAGUAUGAAAAGAUUUAUAUGCAUCACCUUCCUUACUGUCUGAGAGGUGCAUUACAGCUGCCAUGACAUCACUGUUACAGACAACAGACUGAUGUCACAGCAGAGAAUUACCAUUUGAAACUGGAACUAAGCUUUCAAAAAACCAUUAGACAAAGGCCACAAUAUUCAGUUACUAUAUCUCUGAAAUCAGUAUCACAGUAGACUUAAACUAUAAAGAGAAUGCAAAAUGUUGCCGCACUCUGUUAUUAGGUAUUCUGGAUUUUUUGGGGAGACAUCACAAACUAACUGUGUAACUUUUUCCGAUUUGGUCCUGCAGCAUGUGUAUUAGAACAAUGGCAGAAAAUACUGUCCAUGCAAACGCCUGCAGAGAUGUACUACAUUUUUUUCUUAGCUAUGCUAGUACUCUGGUGAACUAUGUAUAAACGUUUGCUUGAGCAGAGCAGUAUGCAUUGUUCAGUUUAAUAGUGAGAUGCUGUGCAAAACCUGGAUUCAGACACAUGCAUAACUUGCAUGACACUGAAUCCCAUUAAAACCUCCUGGAAACCUCUGUGUAUUGCCAAAGUAAGUGACCAGUUGUACCACCUGUGCAUUGGAGCUUCAGUGGCAGAAUGGACCUGCAUGGCAUUGUUUUCUGCAGGUAGUCUGCUGUGCUCAAGAAGGUAGUUCUUGGUACACUACUGAGUCUCCACGGAAAUCAGUGUAUGUGUCACUGUUAAAUACAUACACGUCCACUGCUGUGCAUGGAAUUUGCAUGGUGUAGCAUUUUGUGAUUCUUACUACCUACCAGUCUACUUCCAAAAAAUCACAAGCAGGGAAACCCAAGUACUCUACUUCCAAAACUAAAAGGAUGUCCGUAACACACACUGGCCUAAUUUAUGUAGACCAAGCCUAUCAACUGUUGGAUUUGUACGCAGUUCAUAAGUGCUGUCACUGCUUAGUUGCAGGUCACUGUACAAUAGAGUAAUGAUGUUCUUCAAAUAGCUUUCUUCUUCUGUACUACAACAGUAUGUGAUGAUUUAUCAGCACCUCUGUUUAUCUACAUGUAGCAGAAUAUGUAACUGAUACGUUACAGUGAUUAGAAAAUGUGCUAUAGCUACCAGUGGACUUACAGAAGAAAUGGUGCCAGUCCAGUAAUAACACUUAGAGGAAAUACUAAUAUUAGUAAUGUGAAAUUUAGACACAAUUCAGAGUCAAGAAGAAAUGCUGACAAAUAGAACUAUGAGGUCAGGAAUGCUUUUACAACUUCUGAGUUAUUACACUUAUGGAAAAAAAUAAUCUGUCCAUUAAAAAAAGUUUUUCAGUCUCUCCAUUCAGGUUUUAGUAGCUCUUUAUGUCACAAGAAUAUAUGAUACUCUUUGAUGCAGCAUGUGAGGGAAUAUAGAUAAUGAAUUGUAUUGGAAAGGUAGACUAAACGCUGCUUUAGUAAACCUACUUACGUAACCCGUAGUAAAAGCAGAAACUGUUUCAGAAUGCUUAAGAACCAAGACAAUAACAGUUAAGUUCUAAUUACAGACAAUUUGUUUCUUAUUUGUAAUGUUAUUAGCCCUUUUAAUAUUAUCAUUUAGGUGCAGCAGUGAAAAAGUUGCUUCCUAUAAAGGAUUGCUUUUCAGGAGUAAAUUAUGACUGGCAAUAGUUAUUUCCAUAAAAGGGAAGAGAGAAGUUAGGUCUUGUUGCAGGCUGCCUGCUAUAAUGAUUUUGUUGCGGAUUUAGCAAUGAAGAGAUAUUGCCCUGAAAAAUAUAGUUUGCCGUCAUGAACAUGUUAUGUAGCAGACAUUUGUGAAGUAUUUUGCGGGGAAACCAUGUUUAGUAGUUGGUGUCUGCUAACAACUUUAUUUCUUAAAUAAGCACUAUUUGUCCUUUCAACACUUUAAAUAGAAAUGUUGUUAGAAUAUACAUUUUGUUGUGUUCUCAUAUGACACAUCCAAGUGAUUUAACCAUGAAAGAAGUAUAUUCCAUACAACUCAUCCUAUGAAGUGUUUAUUUCUGCAGUCAUCUACGAGUAGUUUAUAUUUAAAAAUGAUUCUGGAAUUGAUGCUUUCAGAUUCUAUUUUGAUAACUUCACUGUUCCAUGUAUAGACCAACUUUUCAGAGCUCAGGGUUUUCCACUUGAAAUUGUGCGUGUUUUGCUUUUGGAAGAACCAGAGGAGUGUAGCAUUUCUCAGUUUCUCUAAGUAUAAAGAAUGUAAGAGAUAAGGUACUAUACAAGCUCUGCAGCAUUGAACUUUUUGCCAUGACUACACCCCAGCUGCCCAAGCUCAGUUGGUCCAUGUGCUCAAGAAGUUAGCUGGGGAAGGAUAGGAGUGAGUGGCAAAAUUCUGGCUUAUUCAUCAUAAGGGGGGAGGGUGCAGGUACAGUCCUCACACAAGAACACCAUCUUGGUGAAGGCCUUGAAUUGUAGAAUUUGCAACAAUGAACUCUGGAGAGCAUUAACCCCUUAAGGAGUAUGCAGGCUGUAUGACUUUUUAAUUAUGGGUGUUCAAAAAUGUGCUGACAUUACACCCAUUGUAGUAGGCAUUGUACCACAUUUUCUGGCCAACAGGAAGACCUGUUGGGAGGAUGCAGAAAUUCUCCACUAAAUAGUCAAAAUCCACUGCCCUUGGGUUUUUCUUCCUUUCCACUGUUUCAGGAUGGCAAGGGUAAAAAGGAACAUAUACGUGGGUAGGGGCUUGAUGGUCAUAGUGGGGAGAGACAAUGACCAAAAUAAGUAGCAAGAUGUUGUGUGGUGUUUGUCUCAAGACAGAGCAAUCUGAACUAUUUUUUUAGUGGCAUGAUUUUACACUGUUACCAUUGGGUGGUGAAUCGUAGUUUCUUUGUGUUCCUAAGGUAUAAACUGUUCUUGGUUGUGUAACAUAAACCAUAAAAAAAUCAGUAGUGUUUAUGCAUCUACUGUCAGAAUAUGCAAGUUUCUUAAAAUGUAGCUCCUGUUAGGACAUCCGUGGAAGAGUUUGAACACAAGUUCUCAAUGCAUAUUGAUAACACUAAUGUGUUUUCUGUUCCCUUCUCUUCUCUGAAAUGCCUAAUGUUGUCUGUCCCUUACAGAUCUUGAGGCUGAUUCUUCACUAUAAUGUUCACUGAACCGAUUUAUAUUUGUAAUGCAAAUAUACCAACCUGUUUUAAUAAAGCUAAAGUAAAUAUUCUAACCUUAAAA